ACGAAGAUGGCGGCGGUGACGGCGGGGCCCGUGCGGCCCGGCACGAGUCGCCAGUGAGCGCCUCCCGGGUCCCGAGUGGCCGCGGAGCCGCGUCCGCCUCCUGGCCUGAACAGAUCUUUCCUCUCCACCCAGCCCCGGCCUGCCCCGCGGACGCCAUGGAGGACGAGGAGAGACGGAGGAAGGUCGAAGCCGGCAGGGCGAAGCUUGCUCGGUAUCGACAGAAAAAAGCCCUGCGUGAGGGACAGAGUACCAAAAAGCCGAAAAAGAAAAAAACAUCAAGUUGUAAGCAAGAUUUACAUAGCGCAAAUCUUGAACAACAGAAAGGCGAGGCAUCUGAGAUUAGUUCCCAGUGCGUGCAGCCAGCUGGGAAUCCGGGUUCUAGCGGAACGAGAAGUCUUCCUGCCGAAGAAAAGGUGCAGAGCUUCUCUGCUGAACCUGAAAGUGAACUAUCUACUACACCAGAUGAUUACACCUCGGAGGUAAAUGGCACCAUUUAUGUGAUGGAAACAGGAGAUCCUUUAUGGGAAGAAGAAUUUGCCCUUGAUGAUUAUUACUCAGAACAGGGGGCCCAGUCACAUCAGACCCAGCUUGAGUUUAUGGAAAGUGAGUUGGCCAGGAAACAGCAGGAAAUUGAAGAACUCACCCAGGAGCUGGAGAGGAAGGCCACCUUUGGAACAGAAGGGAUGCAGCAGCUCCAAGAGUUUGAAGCUGCCAUUAUACAGAGAGAUGGUAUCAUUACUCAGCUUACUAGUCAUCUACAGCAAGCCCGGAGGGAGAAGGACGACAUAAUGAAAGAAUUCUUUCAGAUGACGGAGCAAAGUCAGAAGUUACAGGUUCAACUCCAACAUCUCCAAGAGUUUGAAGCUGCCAUUAUACAGAGAGAUGGUAUCAUUACUCAGCUUUCUAGUCACCUGCAGCAAGCUCGGAGGGAGAAGGACGACAUAAUGAAAGAAUUCUCUGAGCUGACGGAGCAAAGUCAGAAGUUACAGGUUCAACUCCAACAUGAAAAAGAUAGGAAAGUAGAAAACUUAAAUAAAAAAGAAAUACAGGAAAACCAGGCAAUCAUUGAAGCAUUGAAUACAAGGAUAAUAGAAGAAGAGAAAAAAACUGUUGAGCUAAAGAAUAAAGUAACAACUGCUGAUAAAUUAUUAGAAGACUUACAAGAACAGGUUACAGAAAAGGACCAAGAGAUCAAAAGCCUAAAACUAGAACUGGCCAGCUCUCAGCAAAAUGAACGAAAGUGCUCUGAGGAGAUUAAACAGUUAAUGGGGACAGUUGAAGAACUCCAGAAGAGAACUCUUAAAGAUAGCCAGCUGGAAACCAGCACAGUGCAAAGAAUGGAACAAGAAGCUCAGUGGCAGCUAGAGAAGCUCCAGGCAGAGCUGGAUGAGAUGUAUGGGAAGCAGAUAGUGCAAAUGAAACAAGAGUUGAUUAGGCAGCACAUGUCUCAAAUCGAGGAGCUUAAAUCCCAGCAUAAGGAGGAAAUGGAGAACACAGUCAGUGAGGAUCAGCUAAAGUUAAUGAAUGAGCUGAACAUACAGUUACAGGAUACUCAGUCUCAGAAGGAAAAACUCAAGGAAGAACUCGGGGUGGUUUUGGGAGAAAACUCAGCUCUCCAGAGUCAGUUUAAAGACCUUUUAGAAGAAUUAAGCUUCUUUAGAGACCAGGUUCAGAAAGCUAGACAGACAAUAGCUGAACAAGAAAAUAAAAUGAGUGAGGCACGUAAGUCCCUUAGCACAGUGGAAGACCUGAAAGCUCAGCUUGUUGCUGCCACUGAAUCCAGAAAGGAACUGGAGGUAAAGCAUGAAGCAGAGGUUACAAAUUACAAGAUAAAACUUGAAAUGCUAGAAAAAGAAAAAAAUGCCGUGCUAGAUAGAAUGGCAGAAUCCCAAGAAGCCGAGUUGGAGAGGCUGAGGACACAGCUCCUCUUCAGUCAUGAGGAAGAACUUUCCAAAUUAAAAGAAGAUUUAGAAGUUGAACAUCAAAUAAAUAUUGAAAAACUUAAAGAUAAUUUGGCCAUUCACUACAGGCAGCAGAUAGACAGCCUUCAAAGUGAAAUGAGUAGGAAGAUGGAAACCAUGCAGUGUGAAACAGACAGCUUGGUAACUCAGCAGAAUCAGUUAAUUUCGGAAAUUUCGAAGCUAAGAGAUAUGCAGGAACAUCGUAUUAAUUCACAAUCAGAAGAAAUGACUCUUCAAAUUAAUGAACUUCAAAAAGAAAUUGAAACCCUCAGACAAGAAAAGUUAAUUGCCAUAGAUUCUAGCACAUGUGAAUCGGAAUGUCGAUGUCAAAAAGAAAUAGAGGUACUUACCAAGGAAAAGGAGGACCUCAAACUGCAAUGUCUUCAUCUAAAUGAAGAGAUUGAAAAGCAAAGGAAUACAUUUUCGUUUGCUGAGAAGAACUUUGAAGUCAACUAUGAAGAGUUACAGAAGGAAUAUAUUUGCCUUCUCAAGGUAAGAGACAAUUUAGAAGACAGCCAGACUAAGCAGGCAUUGGAAUAUGAAAGCAAGAUUAAAGCGCUGAAGGAAGAGCUCCAUUUGCAAAGAGGAAGGCCAGUGAUGCAGCAGGGGGAGAGGUCUGGCUCCGCAGGUGACAGAGCCUAUCUGUCUGAGCCCUUGGAAGUUGGUGAAGUUGUUGAAAAGGAUACAACUGAGCUCAUGGAGAAGCUGGAAGUGACCAAGCGAGAAAAGUUAGAGCUCUCGGAGAAACUCUCCGGUGUCUCUGAACAGCUCAAGCAGACGCAUGGCAAGGUUGACUCUCUAAGUGCAGAGGUUAGGUCCUUACAGCUGGAGAAGGAGCAGCUUUUACUGAGGUGUAGAGAACUAGAAACCCUCUCCAACCCUGAUGCAACAGAAAAUGCAGCCUUGUGCCCUGCGCAGUUGAGUUCUUGCAAACCUGGGCUUGUGACUGGGACAGGAAGGCACUGUGCAGAGUCCGUUUCUGAAACCAGUGGAGAACUGGCUGAAGACUCCAAACUAAUGAUAGAAGAUAAAGUUCCCUUUAAAGAAAGUAGGGGAGAACGGUUGCUUCUGCCAGCAAGAACAACUGAACUACCUCAUGUGGCAGCUGAUCCAUGUGAAAAUGAAAAGCUCCAGCAAGAGCUCCAUGCCCUCAAAGCUGAGCAGGAUGAACUAAGGCUGCAGAUGGAAGCCCAGCGCAUUUGUCUUUCUCUGGUUUAUACAACUUACGCGGAGGAGAUUUGUGAGUAUAUGGCAAAGGAAAGAGAUGGAGCUCUCUGUAGCCUCCAAGAACUUGUUUCUGCUCAGGAGAAAACGAUCGAGGAGCUUCACAAAACACACCAAUGCCAGCUCCAGAGUAUUAGAGCACAGGAGACAGGUGAUGGUGAGCCUUUACAGGUGCUCACUGAACAACUUCAAAAGGUGGUGACUGAGGAGUGCUCUUACAUUUCAAAGAGUCUAAACAGUGUUCUUGAUGACUAUUAUACUCCUUUAAAAUGUGAAAUGAAUAUAGAAGAGAAAGAGAAUUCUGGUGUUUACACUUCUCAGAAUCAAAGGCCAGAAUUACACGAGUAUAGACACAAAGUUCAAGACUUUCAAAAAAGCCUGCAAAUCCUUCUUGGCAGAGUAAUGGAAGAAUGCAACAAGCUCUCGGCUCUGCAGAAGCAGCUGAGCAAGAUUUCCGAACAAGAUCCAGUUGGUAUGACACGUAAGAUUGCUGAAGAUGGUGUGAGAGAGGAGGAAGCAGCGCUUUCACCGGCUCCUUGUCUGGCCAACUCAGAGAACACUUGCACAGAUUUCCAUUGUGAGAACAGACUACCAGCAAGUGAAGAGAAGCAAGAACAGUUUCACGGGUUAGAGUGCCGCAGGGCCUCCUUACAGCAGCAGGUGAAAGAAGCUGAAGCAGACUAUGGAGCAGGGAUCCAGUGCCUGCAGGAAAGAAUCCAGCCUGUCAGUGAGGCUGCAGCCCAGACAAGCGUCUCCGUUGAUUCAGUGGUAUUUAAAGACUCUGAUGCAGAGACAACAGAGUACCAUGGAAACUGUCAAAAAGAGCAUAUCGGUGACAAAACAAAGGUGAAGCAAGAAACAAAUAGGGUUAUGUUGAUGGAAAAACAAUAUCAAGAACGCUUAGAAGAAGAAAAGCCUAAGGAUAUGUCAAUGAACGAAGCAUUUGUUCAGCAGACUGAACUCUCUAGAUUAUCUGAGCAGAAAGAAAACUCAAUACAAUCAGAAAAAGGACAUGGUCUAUAUUGGCAAGAACACCAUUUUAAUGACAUCAAAUCACAACGCCAAGGUGGUGUUCAGACUUUUGAGGCAAUUGACAAAAGUUUUAAAGAAGAAUUUAAAUCACUUAGCAAAGAAUUAGAAGAACAUAGAAACGAAGUUCCUUUGUCUAAUCAUGAUGCUUGUCAUGAUGUACUCAAGUCAGGGGAACACGGGCUGACUAUUUCUGAAGAAAUAUUUUCCAAAGAUGAAACAUUUAUGCGUAGAAAAUCUAGCCAUGAUGAAGUGUUGGUGUCCAGUGUGGACACUUCUAGACAACUGAGGUUACAUGAAGAACAGUUAGAAGAUAUGCGGCAAGAGCUUGUGCGGCAGUAUGAAGAGCAUCAGCAGGCAACAGAGCUGUUGAGGCAGGCCCACAUGCAGCAGAUGGAGAGGCAGCGAGAAGACCAGGAGCAGCUACAGGAAGAGAUCGAGAGGCUCCAUAAGAAGUUAGCCCAGAGACCCUCAGUAGAUCCUGAAAACCUGGUUACAGAAAGAGAAAGGGAGCUUUUAGAGGAGCUGGAGGCACUAAAGCAGCUUUCUGUAGCUGGAAGACAGGAGCUGUGUAGUGAGCUGCGCAACAGCAGUACGCAAACACAGGAUGGAAAUGACAGUCAAGAAGCUGAGGAACAGACAUUAAAAGAAGAGACCCUGGAGAGAAGCCCUGAAGAUGUACCUCUCGAUAUAAGCCUGUCCAAUGAAAGGUAUGCUCUCAAAAAAGCCAAUAAUCGACUUCUGAAGAUCCUGUUAGAAGUUGUCAAGACAACAGCAGCUGCUGAAGAAACUAUUGACCGCCAUGUUCUCGGGAUUCUGGAUAAAUCUAGUAAGGGUCAGUCGGCUUCUAGCCUACUUUGGAGCUCAGAAAUAGAGGCAUCUACAAAGCCAAGUGUCCAAGAGCAACUUGUGAGAGUUACAGAUGGGCCCAUACCCUCCUACCCUGGAAGUGCUGAUAUGUGGCUACAAGUAACAGAGGAAGGAACGGAGCUGUCACAGCAGCUCGCAAACAGUGGCUUUGCUGGGCCCGUGAUCGACCCUGAAAAUGAAGAACUUAUGCUAAGCAUCAGCUCUCGACUACAAGCAGCGGUUGAAAAGCUGCUCGAAGCCAUAAGUGAGAGCACCAGUCAGCUUGAACAUGCGAAAGUUACACAGACGGAGUUGAUGCGCGAGUCAUUUAGACAAAAGCAGGAGGCGGCAGAGGCACUUCAGUGCCAAGAGCAGCUGCGGGAGCGCCUUGAUAAGGAGAGCAGGGCCCGAGAGCAGCUGGCCUCAGAGCUCAGCAAGGCCGACGUUCUCAUUGAUGGAUAUUUGGAUGAAAAAAUUGUUUUCGAAAGACAAAUUCAGGAAAAAACUGAUAUAAUACAUCGUCUUGAGCAAGAGUUGUUAUGUAUGAGCAGCAGGCUGCAUGAGUUGGAAUCAGAGCACCAGCGGAUGCAAGAGGAACGGGAGUUGCUGUCCAUGCAGAUGGAGGUCUUGAGGGCAGAGGCCGGCCCAGUUGAACAGCAAUUUCUACAAGAGACAGAAAAACUAAUGAAUGAAAAGCUGGAAGUACAGUGUCAAGCUGAAAAAAUGCGCUGUGACCUGCAAAAACUAGUGAAAGCUCUAGAAACAGAUGUUGAAGAACAAGUUAAUAGAUUUGUAGAGCUGGAGAAAGAAAAAAAUGCCGAACUUACAGAUCUAAAGCAGCAAAACCGAGCACAGGAGAAACAGCUAGAAAAAAUGAGAAAAUUUUUGGGUGAGCAAGCGAUAGAUAGAGAGCAUGAGAGAGAUGUGUUCCAACAAGAAAUACAGAAGCUAGAAGAACAACUUAAGACCGUGCCUAGAUUUCAGCCUGUGAGUGAACACCAAACCAGAGAGGUUGAACAGCUAACUAAUCAUUUGAAAGAGAAAACGGACAAGUGCAGUGAGCUAUUGCUGUCUAAAGAGCAACUGCAGAGAGACAUACAGGAAAGGAACGAAGAAAUUGAGAAGCUGGAGGGCCGUGUGCGAGAGCUGGAGCAGGCCCUGAUCAUCAGCGCCGUCCCCUCUUCAAAGGUAGAGGACCAGAAACAGUUUGGAGAUACUGAGGCUAAACCAGAAUUGUCCCUAGAAGUUCAAUUGCAGGCCGAGAGAGAUGCUAUAGACCGAAAAGAAAAAGAGAUCACAAACUUAGAAGAACAAUUAGAGCAGUUUCGAGAAGAACUGGAAAAUAAGAAUGAAGAGGUUCAGGAGCUCCACAUGCAGCUAGAAAUACAAAGGAAGGAGUCCACCACCCGCCUGCAGGAGCUCCAGCAAGAAAACAGGCUAUUUAAGGAUGAAAUGGAAAAACUGGGGUUUUCCCUGAAGGACUCUGAUCCUGUGUCUACUCUGGGUCAGCCUGUGCUGUUUGGGAAAUUUACGAAGAUAAUACAAGAAAAGGAUAUUGAAAUUGACCAGUUAAAUGAGCAGCUUAUAAAACUCCAGCAGCAACUUAAACUAACAACAGAUAACAAGAUUAUUGAAGAAAAAAAUGAACUGAUACGAGAUCUAGAAAGCCAGAUUGAAUGUUUGAUGAGUGAUCAAGAAAGUAUGAACAAAAAUAGAGAAGAAGAAAUAGAGCACCUCAAUGGAGUGAUUGCAAAGUUACAGCAAGAGUUGGCCAGCUUUGAGCAAAAGACAGCAGAUGCCGAUACCAUCCUUGAAGAUGCAGACAGCUUUAAACAUCAGCUGGAAAAGGUGACUGUGGAAAAGCUGGCUUUGCAACAGCAGGUCGAAACCACCAACGAGGAAAUGGCCUAUAUGCAGAACAUACUUAAAGAAAUCAAUUUUAAAAUGGAUCAGGUAACAGAAACACUGUGCCACCAAAAGAAAGAAUGCACAAACAAGAAACAGCUUCCAAGUGUUGACAUGGCUGUCAGUGAGCUCAGCAGGGACAAACUGCAGCCAGGUGUCCCUAGUAAAGAUGCUGGUAAGCCUCUAGAAAAUCAGCCUUCCCUUACAUCUAUUGAAGAAGGCACUAAAGCAUCCAGAAGUCCAGAAACAAAGUCACUACUCCUGGAGAGUUCAGUUAGGAUCGAGGACUCGGAGCCUAAUCGAUGUCAGGAACAAGUAGAAACUAUGCAAGAGUUAGGCCAGUCCGAAAUAGAAAUACUCCAAAGGAAAAUCACAAACCUGGAGCAAAUACUUCAGGAGAAAGUUGCUGUGGCCCUGGUCAGUCAGGCCCAGCUGGAGGUCAUUCAGGAGUUUAUGGAGUCCUACCAAGAGAUGCAAACAGAACCUGAAAGGAAAGAUGUGCAGAAUGUAAAUUGUCUGACAGAAACCAACACGAGGUCCGAUGUCUCCACAUUAGCCAUGAGAAUAGCAGAGUUAGAGAGCCAAGCACCUGAAGUGCAAAGUAGUAUAAUAUCCAAAAAAGAACAAGUGGACCUUGCAGAGAAAAAUGCUUCUGAAACAGAAAAGAAAGUUCUAGCGCAACAGAAGCUGUUAAACGCUGAAGAAAGGCAGGAAGAGAAAGGAAAAAGAAGCUCUGCAUACUUAGAGACAACCGAUAAGCUCAUUCAUGCCAGCGGAGACCGUAGAGUUUUGGGCGCACUUGAAGCUCCUGGAGCUGAAUCAGUGGCCACCAAAGAACUCACCACUUACAAAGAAAGGGCGGAAAAACUUGAAGAAGAGCUUCUGGUAAAAGAAAGAACUAUAAUAUCACUUAAGAAAGACUUAAGCCACGUUAAGGAUCAGCUCACAGAAGCCAAGGAGGAAUUAUCCCACUUCUUAGUAAAGGAAAAUAGGACUGGCGAGCAGGAAAGCAGAAAGGUCCCCAUGCCAGAGUCACUUCCUGUUGAAGUAGGUGGACACUCUGGGCCCCAGACUGGGGAAGCCAGCAAGGCUGGUAGCAGCAAUCAGACGCUGCAGAUCCUUGUUGGAAAUGCAAGUAUUCAGAUCGGCUUACAGAAUAAGCUCUCCCCAGAAGUCACGGAGACUCUCAAUCAGUUUACUGAAAAAAUUGAGCAAUUGCAAGAACUACAUGCUGCUGAGAUCUUGGAUAUUGAAUCCAGACAUAUUUUAGAAACAGAAACUUUGAAGAGGGAGCAUUUUGUUGCCUUGCAAUUACUGACUGAGGAGUGUGACACCUUAAAGGAGAUGACCCAAUGUCUGAAAUCUAGAGAGCGAUCAUCCAAUCCUGAAUUGACAUACUCUGAUACUUGCCAAACUAGAGAAGUGUGUUCCAGCGAUUCGGAAUCAGAAUGGGGUCAAAGUCAAGGAUUUGAUACAGCAUCAGAAGGUCGAGAAGAAGGAGAAAGUUCAAGUGAUUUAUUUCCAAAGAAAUUACAGGGUUUAAUAAGAGCUGUUCAGAAGGAGGGCGCACAGGUGCUUUCUCUCUCAGAGUCCUCCUAUGAUGGUGGAGAGGACAGUCUUGGCCAGCACAUUUCCAGAUCCUGGCUAGAAGAAAGAAAAGCUUUCCUCAGUACCAUCUCAUCUCUUAAAGAUCUAAUUUCUAAAAUGCAAGUUCAAAGAGAAACUGAGGUCUGUGACAGUUCUCAGUCUCCUGACCACUUCUCAGACUGGCGAGGGGAACUUCUGCUUGCCCUGCAACGUGUAUUCUUAAAGGAACACAGUGUCUUACUAGCUGCGUUCCAAACUGAGCUGACUUUCAGCACUGGAGAUGCAGGUGGAUUGUUACAGUGUUUGGAACAAAGAAUACAAGAGCAGAGCCGUGAAUAUAAAAAAGUUAUGGAAUGUCUCCAGAAAGCAGACAGGAGGAGUCUGCUGGCUGAAAUUAAAGCAUUGCGCGCUCAACUUAAUGGCAGGAAAAUGGCUCUGAAAAGGGAACUUGACGCCGACAAAGCCAGCCAAGGGCUCCUGGUCUGUAGUAUGCAGCAGACGCCAUCUCCCAUGCUGGAAAUUCAGGGGGAACUCAGCAGCCUGAAAGACAGAGCGGCCGAACUGCAGGACCAGCUAAGUUCAGAAAAGAUGGUGGUUUUGGAACUGAAAAGCGAACUCGCCCAGACAAAACUGGAGCUAGGAACAACACUCAAGGCCCAGCAUAAGCGCCUGAAAGAGCUGGAAGCAUUCAGGCUAGAAAUUAAAGACAAGACGGAUGAAGUGAAUUUCCUUAGUGACACAUUAGCAAGUGAGCAGAAGAAGUCCCUAGAACUGCAAUGGGCCUUGGAAAAAGAGAUGGCCAAGUCAGGGCACCAAGAAGAACAAUAUAAAGAAGAACUGGAGGAUCUGAAAUUUUCACUUGAGGAUCAGAAACGGAGAAAUGCACAGUUAAAUCUACUUUUGGAACACCAGAAGCAACUACUAAAUGAAUCACAGCAGAAAAUAGAGUCGCAGAAAGUGUUGUUUGAUGCUCAGUUAUCAGAAGAACGAGGCCGGAACUUAGAGCUUCAGGUGCUUGUAGAGUCAGAGCAGGUGAGGGUGCAGGAGCUGCAGAGCACCCUGGAUAAGGAGCGGGUGCUGCAUGCCCAGCUGCAGAGCCACAGUGAUGGUGGACAGCCCCCACCGGCCUUACCUUCUGAGGACCUGCUGAAAGAGCUCCAGAGACAGCUGGAGGAAAAACACAGCCGCAUAGUAGAACUCUUGACUGAAACUGAAAAAUACAAACUGGAUUCCCUACAAACAAGGCAACAGAUGGAAAAAGACAGGCAGGUUCAUCGGAAGACACUGCAGACUGAACAGGAGGCAAACAGCCAGGGCCAGAAGAAAAUGCACGAGCUGCAGUCCAAAGUGGAAGAGCUGCAGCGCCAGCUGCAGGAGAAGAGGCAGCAGGUGUAUAAGCUGGACCUGGAGGGAAAGCGGCUGCAAGGGAUUAUGCAGGAAUUCCAAAAGCAAGAGCUGGAAAGGGAGGAAAAGCUGGGAAGUAGACCACUGGUGUAUCAGAAUCUUAACGAGCCACCCAUAUGGAACUAUACUGAUGACCGAACUAGAAAUUGGGUUCUCCAGCAGAAGAUGGGAGAAACCAAAGACACAAACUACUCACAGAUGAUAGAAAUGAAUGGAAGAGAAACUGGCCAUCAUGACUUGGAAAUAAUCACGCAGACACUGCAGCAUGUGGCUUCAAAACUUCAGCAUGUAGCCCAGAAGGCCGGCAACAGACUACAGUUUGAAGCGGCGGGCGAUGUUGCUUUUUUUUGGAUUCAGGAGAAUAUUGAUGGAAUUAUUUUUCAACUACAGAAACUAACUGGCCAGCCAGGUGAUGAGCACAACUUAGCGCAUCCCAGUUAUUCUUGUGGCUCCCUGACAGAAAGCCUAAUGAGACAAAAUGCCGAGCUAACAGGAUACAUCACCCAUCUGACUGAAGAAAAGAACAGUUUAAGGAGCAUGGUCAUGAAGCUGAAGGAACAACUCAGGUGUUACUGGCGCGCAGGAGCUGGGAGAGGCCACUCUUCCAGGUUUUCCUUUGCCACCCAUGCUAACAUUGAAGCCAUCGUCACUUCAGAAAAAGAAAUCUGGAACAGAGAAAAGCUAGCUCUUCAGAAAUCCUUGGAAAGGGCGGAAGCAAAAGUGUGUAAACUGAAAGCCGAGCUGAGAAAUGACGCUCUGCUCCAGAACCUGAGCACUGACGCGGAACAUGCCACUCUGCAGAGAAUUUACAGUAAAUAUUUGAGAGCCUCAAGUUUCCGAAAAGCUCUCAUAUAUCAGAAAAAGUACCUGCUGCUGCUUCUCGGCGGUUUCCAGCAGUGCGAAGACGCCACCCUGGGGGUGCUUGCCCAAAUGGGGGGACACCCAGCCUUCACAGAGCCCAAAGCAACCACCAUCCACUCCAAGGGAUUCACCAGGUUUCGCUCGGCCGUCAGAGUGUCUAUCGCAAUUUCAAGAAUGAAAUACUUGGUUCGGCGGUGGCAGCACCUCACAUGUUCUAAUUCCAUCAAUAUUAACAGAGAUGGCUUUGGACUGAAUCCAGGUGUUGAAAAGAAUGAGCCAUUUUAUCAUUCUGCUGGUGGACUGGAGCUAUGUGCAGAACCAAGACACACAGCGUACCGCUCAAGGCCAGAGCUGGACUCUCCUAGGUCUCCAUUACCAGGUCAGAACAGGUACCCAGGUACUCCAGCAGAUUUAAAUUCUGCUUCCCUGGCCUGUUCUCAACUUCAACAGUACGAUCCAGACAAAGCUCUGACAGAUUACAUCGCCCGGCUAGAGGCACUGAAAAGGCGGCUUGGAACUAUCCAAUCAGGUCCAUCUACUCAGUUUCAUAUUGGCAUGAGGAGAUAAUCCUUUUAAACAUUAAUAUUAAAUAGAUUCCCUUUUGUAAAUCAAUGGCUCUUUUGUGCUUUUGUAUUGUGAAUAUUCAAUGGGACCAACACAAACACAGCUUAUGAUUGUAUACAAAUCCUUUCCAGCACAUGAAGACAAACUGGAGUUUGUGUAUAUAAGCAUUGUGUGUGUGCUCAUGCACAAUAAUCAUUAAAUUACAUGUAUAUUUGUGGAAUGCUAAUUUAAAUGAUUAAAUUAUAAACUGUAUUUAUCAGAUGGGUGAAAAGGUUAAACUUUCUCAAAUGACAAUGCUGCUGGAUGUGUUGCUUGGAGCGUCCUGCGCUUUUCUCAAAAAGCUCCUGAAGUUACAUGUUCCUCCUAAUAUAUUUGCUACUGGUGAUGAAGACAGCACAUUUCACUUGUAGAGACCUAUUUUUGUAUAAUGGUAAAAGUUUGGAACUUUAUGGGGUAUUUUGUCAAGUACUGAAAUAAAAAUGACUUCAUCAUUUUCA